CGCCGCAAAAGAGCGACAAGCGCGUUCUCCCAGAGAGACAAAACGAUUAUGACCGUUGGAUGAAGGGAGUGAACAACACAUCUUAGUCCCCUUCAAUUGUUUUUCUGCACCGCGAGGGGCGCUCUCAUAUCUGGGUGCAGUAAGUCUCUUAGUAUCUUCUAUUCUACCCCGUUCUGUCUGUUCUAACUCAGCUUUUUCUUCCAGAAGCUACCCUACUUUGCGGUCCAUCAGCGACAACACCAUGUCGAACAACAAAUUCUCCUUUGGCACUCCUGCCUCCAGCGGGGCUUCUAGCGGAGGUCUUUUUGGCACAGCAGGGUGCAACAACCUCUUCGGAUCUAAUGCUCAGAGUGGCUCAGCAACUGGAUCAAGUGGUGGUCUGUUUGGCAACGUUGGAGCAUCCACAAGCGGAACGUCGUCUCCGUCAUUGUUUGGGACGGCGCCCUCAGGUGCAGGUGCAAGUGCAGGACAGACUGGUUCCCUGUUUGGAGGAAGUUCAGCUGCUGGUGGUGGUUCUACUACGCCUACUUUCAGCUUUGGAAAGCAGAACCAGCCCAGCUUCACCACCCAAUCGACGCCACCAUUGUUCGGCGGUGCUUCUCAGACGCCCAAGACGAGCGAAUCUUCUGCCCCCGGUCAGACGUCGACGAGCGGCGGCCUCUUUGGUAGUGCCCCCAAAACUGGUGGAAGCUUGUUUGGAAGCACGACUGCAACGCCCACUACAUCCGGUGGUCUUUUCGGCAACAACACAUCGACUACACCCGCCGGUCCUCCUCCGCUGGGUAGCUCCACUGGUCAAGGACAGUCUCUCUUUGGGAAUGCGGCACAGAAACCAGGAAGCUCUAGCGGUCUGUUUGGAGGCCUAAAUACGUCGACUCCUUCAUCAACCCCCGCGACUACCACUGCCGCGGCCACGCCUGCAACUACACAGUCUCAACAGACCGGUGGCCUAUUUGGGGGUGGUCUAUUUGGAAACCUGAACAAGGAUAAACCAGCGGAGACACCUGCGACGAGCAGCGCAGGGACCGGCGCGAAGCCUCUGUUUGGAGCGACGCCAGGUGCACCAGGCGGAACUACGCCCAGUACACAAGCAGCAUCAUCACCGUUCAAGUUUCCUUCUGCUGGAUCUACGGACUCUCAGACCACCCCGAAACCUACAUUCUCUCUAGGAGGAGCCGCCACCUCCCAGCCCGCUUCUAGCACCCCUGCUACAUCUACUGCCACUCCACAGAAGUCCCUUUUCCCUUCACUUGGCGGAGCAGCUUCUUCAGCUACUCCAUCCUCGACUCCUGCUACAGACAAUGCCGCGACUGCGACGUCAGGCGGUGCAGCUGCUGCGAAACCCGCCGCCAGCACUGGAGGCCUGUUUUCCCUUGGCAAGCCUGCCGAGACAACGACAGCGACAUCUCAGCCUGCAACUACGACCACGGCUGGAACGACCACUAGCACCACUACAACUGCGCCAGCGGCAACGGGUACCACGGCGACUACGGGUACUGCUGGUACCACUACUGGUGCGGCUGCCUUUGGCGCUUCCACGGCUGGUCCGGCACCCCCGGCGCAAUCUCGUCUAAAGAAUAAGACGAUGGAUGAGAUCAUCACGCGCUGGGCUACUGAUUUGACAAAGUACCAAAAAGAGUUCCGGGAGCAGGCCGAGAAGGUUGCGGAAUGGGAUCGGAUGCUCGUGGAGAACGGCACGAAAGUGCAGAAGCUGUACGGCAGCACUGUAGACGCUGAGAGAGCCACCCAGGAGGUGGAGCGCCAGCUCGCUUCUGUUGAGGGCCAACAAGAGGAACUGAGCUCGUGGCUGGAUCGGUACGAGCGUGAAGUCGACGAGAUGAUGUCGAAGCAAGUCGGACCCGGAGAGACCUUGCAAGGACCCGACCAGGAGCGGGAGCGGACUUACAAACUCGCCGAGAAGCUGUCGGAGCGUUUGGAUGAGAUGGGCAAGGACCUGACCAGCAUGAUUGAAGAGGUCAACGGUGCAACGGCCACGCUGAGCAAGACCAACAAGGCCGACGAACCUAUCUCCCAAAUUGUCCGUAUUCUCAACUCGCACCUCUCCCAGCUGCAGAUGAUCGACCAGGGCACGGCCGAGCUGCAAGCCAAGGUGUCCGCCGCCCAGAAGGCCGGCCAAACACUCGGCUCCCGGCUCAGCAUGGGCGGUUAUGGCGGCUACGGCAGCAGCAGCAUUGGCGGAGGCUCCAGCGCCGCCGAAGACUUUUACCGCUCCUACAUGGGUCGCAGGUGAGAGGUGAUCCUGUUAUGGUUUUUCUUUUUUUUUAUCCCCCUCUGUUAGGUAGUUCGACACGGGACCGGCUAUGUUUUGCGCGCGGUGCUGGUUGACCUUCUAUUGAUCUGGUUGAUAACGACUGAAAGAAAAUAUAUGUUGGGGUUUUCUUUCCUUUUCUUCUUUUUUUCUUUUCCUGCCU